AUUUGGUGGCCACCUGUUAUGUGCCUGCCCCAUUAAUCAAGCUGUUUUUUCCCUGAUAAAUGCUGCUGAGUAAACACCCUUAGCCUUCCCUUUGUCCUUAGAGUUACAAGACAGCCUAAGCUAAGUGCACAACCGCGCUCUGAAUGGUGACAAUGAUGUCUUUCGCAGGUCAUCUCUGAUGCCUUUUUACCCCCUGAAAAAGCACCUUUGAAAGGGGGACAAUGCAAAGUGCAAAAGAACCAAGGAAGUACAUUGCUUCACUGGGAAAGGUUUCCUUUCUGAAUCUUCUCCUGACCAUGAUCAGGAUCUGCCUGACAAGCAGCCACAUCACCAACCCAACGGCUGAUGGUACUAUGCGGUUUGCUGUGGAUCUCUAUAAAGUUCUUUGUUCAGCCCAGAAAAACGAGAACAUUCUCUAUUCCCCACUUGGGACAGCAUCAGCCCUGGGAAUGGUACAUCUGGGGGCGAAGGGAAAAACGCACAAUGAGAUAAGUCAGCUUUUGAACCUGAAAAAUGAUUCCUAUGAAGCCUUCGCUCCACUCCAGACACUUUUCUCUGUCACCUCCAAAAGAAAAGAAUUUACAUUUAAUCUUGCCAAUGCCCUUUACCUUCAAGAAGGAUUCAUGGUGAAAGAACAGUAUCUCCAUAGCAACAAGGAAUUCUUUCGGACGGCUAUAAAGCUGGUGAAUUUCCAGGAUACGCAAGCAUCCGCUGAGGCCAUAAGUACUUGGGUAGAAAACAAAACAGAGGGUCAAAUAAAGAAUUUCAUUUCAAGUGAGGACCUUGGUCCCCUCACUCGACUUCUCCUGGUGAAUGCCAUUUACUUCAAGGGGAAUUGGAAGCAAGCGUUCAAAGCAGAGACUACCAGUUUGAUGGAUUUCACUAAGAGCGAUGGCUCAAUAAUCAGUGUACCAAUGAUGCAUCUUCAGCUCAGAACAAGACUCGGCCACUUUUCUGACUGUAAUGUGAGCUACCAGGUUUUGGAACUGCCCUACAAAGGGGACGAAUUCAGUUUAGUUCUAAUCCUUCCUGCAGAAGACGUGCCUAUCGAAGAAGUAGAAAACCUCAUUACAGCAGAGCUGAUAGAAGACUGGUUUGUCAAGAUGGAAGAGGAUGAUGAAGUAGAAAUCAGCCUUCCUAGGUUUAAAAUAGAGCAAAAACUGGAUAUGAAAGAAACUCUAAAGACACUCAACGUGAUCGAGAUAUUUAAUAAUGGCUGUGACCUUUCUGGAUUAACAGAUUCUGCUGAUGUACACAUUUCUCAGGCUAUUCAAAAAGUCUGCAUUGAGGUAAACGAAGAUGGGAGUGAAGCAGCAGCAUUGACUGGAAUGCAUGUGGCAGCAAUCAUGAGCAUGACACCACACCAGUUUGUGGCUAACCGGCCGUUCCUUUUUAUCCUGAAGCAUAAUUCGACAGGUUCUAUUAUAUUUAUGGGGAAGCUGGCCAGUCCUGACGGCCAGUUCACAAAGAAAAGAGAUACAGACUCACUGUAAAGAGAAGAAUCCCUUUGAAAGCAAAUGUGCUGUGUGUGUAUAAAGACUUCUAUCUCUUUGUUCAUCUUCCUGUCUGCAGAUCAUUCUUUCUGUCUGAAUAGAUAAAGGGUUUAAGGAUUUCCAAAUAAAUCUGUGUAUACUACCUGC